AGAUGCAUACUCGCAGUACUCCAUCCACCCACCUCUCGGUUAAUCAGCUUGUGUGUAAAUUGUGCUUGUUUUGUUGCUUUUCUUUGCUAUCUUGCCCAGAACAAUUGCCUUUCUAUUACCCAAGUAAGUGGUCUUAUAUUUUAGGACAGCGGAAGUAACUUAUUAUGCCUACCUCAAAAAUGUGGCUCCGCCACUUCCAUGACUUUUAUCAGCCUAUCUUGUGUAACAGGAGAACAGGUGCAAGCAAUUUAGUUCUGCGGCAUUAGCACUACACACCAAGCAAGUUGGCUCUGGUUCCCUUGAGUUUUGUUGCCGAUGGACCGCAGCAACUCCAGCAAGAGAACAGUCGAAGCACCACGAGAGGGAGACCCUUGGGUGGAUGUCAGAAUAUUGAAGGAGACCCUUGACUGCCCUGUCUGCUUCGACCACUUCGGGGCCGAGAUUUAUCAGUGUUCUGUGGGGCAUUUCAUAUGCUCGUCUUGCCGCGACAAGAUACUGGACAAGAAGUGCCCCACAUGCUCUAUCAAAACUUCCUUCAAGCGCUGCUUUGGGAUGGAACAUGUUGUCCAAUCAGUCGCAUUUCCUUGCUCCAAUGCCAAGUAUGGAUGCAGAGAGGGUCACGCCUACUGUCAGAAAGAACGACAUGAGCAAGUGUGCCCGUAUGCCCCAUGCUUCUGCCCAGCGCCCGACUGCAGCUUUGCGGGGCCAGUACCUGAGCUCCUGGACCAUCUCACCAUCUAUCACAUGUCUCCAUGUACAGACCUCCCAGAUUCUGGGGAGGCGUCUGUCCGCUUGCAACCGGGCAUACAUGUUCUGUCACCCAGCAGCAGGAGCACCAACUAUUUUUUCCUGCUCAACAUGUACUUGGAACCUUUUGGACAUGCUAUCUCAGUCGUUUGCAUCCAACCUAAAGUCACCGAACCCAAGUUCACAUGUAGUAUGAAUUACGACUGCUCCGUGACAGGCUACUGUGAAAGUUCAAGUUGCCAGAUAAAAAGCUCUACACUCUCUGAUGGGCUACCGAAGGACUAUGACUUGAUUCUGCCUGAGGGAAAGGUUUCUAGUGAUCGAAAUGUUGUAAUGCUCAGAAUCAUCAUUCAUGAAGCUUCAAGUGUCAGCAGAUCCUGUGCUCAAGGAAAGGGCUUGACUUCCGCUCCAAUCACCCUGUUUCCUAGUUGUUCUGAUGACGAUGCUGAUAUACUCUGCAGAUCAUGUGCUCAACGAAAAGGCCCGACUUCCGCUCAAAAGCUCUGGUUUCCUAACUAUUCUUCUGAUGACGAUGAUUAUAUGCCUUUAAACUUUGAGCGUGCUCUUCAACGGGAGUCCCUAUUUGAUUAAUGGGUCAAGUGAUGAUAUACCUUUAGCAUCUGAUCGUGCUUGUGUGUGUUUCAGCCUACAGGUUUGGCAUGUGGACUUGCCGUUAUUAUGCAUGGGUUUCAACAUUCUGGGUCCAGGAUAUGUCAAGAGUAUCGGAGCUGUUUGAACAAUGUGGCUUCUUUCUAUAUUUUGUUGUCCCGAACUUGUGCCACAUCAUGUGAGGCUGUAUCUUCUAAUAGAUACUAGUAUGUUAUGUCAGCA